AUGGCUUCAAAGGAUAUCAAGGUUAGUAACCAUAUUCCCAAUGAUCUCGCAUUCUCUAUUUUGUCAAAACUUCCUAUUGUUUCUAUCAAGCGAUUUUCUUGUGUACACAAAUCAUGGGCUCUUUUAUUUCAAAACCCUAAUUUCUUGAGCGCGGUCGGCAAAAAUUUCAUAUCACAAUAUAAUUCUUUCUACGAUGAUACAUGUCUUAUGCUAAAGCGGACCCAAGGUUAUGAUAACCGUUGUGUAUUUGAUAUGCUUUCUGGCGAGAGAUUUGAGAAUCGGGUGAGAUUGGAUUUGCCACUUCCAUUCCAAGAUGAUGACACAUGUAUUCAAAUUUUGGGUUCUAGUAUUAAUGGAAUUAUUUGUCUCUACCAAGAAGGAGAUCACAGUAAAAUAGUAUUAUGGAAACCAACCGCUAAGGAAUUCACGAUCAUUCCUUCCGAUAAUGUUAAUUAUCUUCCUUAUUCCACAACUCUUACUAAAACUCAUGGAUUUGGCUAUGAUAGUGUUAGUGAUGACUACAAGGUGAUUCGACAUGCAACGCUUUUUGAACGGGACACCGACUCUCGAUCCCGCAAUUACCUUGAAGGUUAUCGACUAUAUAUAUCAAAAAGUGUUGGGAAAUUUUGGGAGAUUUAUAGUAUGAGAAGUAACUCUUGGAGAAAACUGGAUAUUGAUAUGCCUCUUCGUAUUAAUGAAAGUGUUGUUGUGUACAUGAAUGGAAUGUGUCAUUGGUGGGGAAUUAAAGUCGGUAAAGAAUAUGUGGUGUCAUUUGAUUUGAGCAAUGACGUAUUCCUUACAACCCCCACACCUUUGGAUAUGUGUGACAAUUCAAACUUAGGAAUGGUUGAGAGACAUCUGGUUGUAUUGAAUAUGUCCAUUUCUCUUAUAUCAAAUUAUGCAAUGAAUACAACUUUUCACAUAUCAGUUUUAGGUCAACUUGGUGUUAGGGAAUCGUGGACUAAAUUGUUCAUUGUUGGACCUUUACUUGGAGUUGAGCAUCCUAUUGGAGUAGGGAAAAGGGGCAAUAUAUUCUUUAGAAAAGAAAAUUAUAAAUUGGCAUAUUUAGAUCUAAGUACUGAAAUUAUCGAGGAGAUUGGUAUUCAAGGAGAAUCACAUUUUUGCCAAAUAGUGAUCUAUAAAUCAUGA